AUGUCUCGUGUUUCAGCUGAGGAGACGAAUAUCUUCUUGAUCAAGUGCAUCAAGUACUCCAAUAAUGGAAAGGUAAGCAUUCACUCUCGUAUCGCGUAUGAGCUCCUUGGAAAACAGUCAGCUCCGUAUGCAUUCAAGUCUAACGACAGCGCAAAACGCUAUGAGCGUAUCCUUAAGGGCAAUGGUAUUCAUCCAUCAUCCGGCGAGGGAGUGGACGAGGACGGUGCGCCCGGAUCCGCAAACGUGACUCCCAAGAAGAAUGGGGCAUCGACCAAGCCCAAAACGCCUCGAAAGACUCCGACUAAGCCCAAGGCCAACGGAGCGCCUAAGACUCCUACCAAGCGCAAGACCAACAAGGGCGGAGCCAACAACGAAAGCCCCACUAAGAAAUUCAAGUCUGAAGAAAAGGUUUUGGACUCUGAUGCGUCCGCCAAAGCUGAUAAUGAUGAGGCAGAGGAAGAACUCCCGCUGCGUACGAAGAAUGACCCAUUCUUGCCUGUUCCUGGUGUCGAUAAGGAGUCAGAGGAUGCAAUGUUCAAGGAGUUCUGCAACACUGGAGCCGUGGUCAAGCACGAGAGCGAGAUGAUUGAAAACCAGGUCGUUUAA